GUCAAGUGCAUUUUCGUCGUCGGCAAGAGAAAAGGGAAGCCGAUUUUUCCACUUACGUGUUCCUAGUUUUUUCCGUUCCGUCGUUCGUACACGGUUCAAUAGAAGCAGGAUUUUCACUAAACGCGACUGGUUCUACGAACAACGGCAAUAUGUUCGAGAACCUGUCUAAAAGUGAGCUCACGCUCUACUCGAUUCUGAUUUUCCUGUUUCUGGAAAAUAUGGUCAAUUUGUAUCUAACGCGGCGGCAGAUUUAUAUCUACGAAUCUAGCAAAAAUGUACCGGAAGAGUUGCGCGAUGUGAUGAAAAAGGAAACCUUCGAGAAAGCCCGGCUGUACGGACUGGAUAAAGCAAACUUUGAGGUGUUCAAACUGUUGGUAUGCGACAUCGGAAUCGCUACGAUUGAACUGUACAGUGGUUUCGUGGCGUUGAUCUGGUCAAGAGCGUUGGAUGUUACAGGGAAGGUUGGAAUGAAUCCCGGAAACGAGAUUCAUGUUAGCAUUGUGUUCCUGAUCUUGAUCAACCUCAUUGGGACGUUCAAGGAUAUGCCGUUUAAAAUUUAUGGAACGUUCAUCCUGGAAGAAAAGCAUGGAUUCAACAAGCAGACUCCCGGAUUCUUCGUAAAGGAUCAGAUCAAAUCGUUUUUGGUGGGUCAAGUUCUGUCGAUUCCCAUCGUGGCAGCAAUCGUUUACAUUGUCCAGAUCGGUGGCGAUUACUUCUUCAUCUGGCUGUGGGCUUUCGUGGGAAUUGUUUCUUUGGUAUUGAUUACAAUUUACCCGGUUUACAUCGCUCCCUUGUUUGACAAGUUUCGCCCACUGGAGGAUGGGGAACUUAAGACCAGCAUCGAGCAGCUUGCAGCAACGCUCAAGUUUCCGCUUGGAAAACUGUUCGUUGUGGAGGGUUCGAAACGAUCAGCCCACAGUAAUGCAUAUUUUACCGGUCUUUUUGGAGCAAAGCGAAUCGUGCUUUUCGACACUCUGCUCUUGAACAAGGGACUCCCGGACGAUUCCACUCUUGCCGAAGACGAAAAAGGAAAAGGCUGUGAGAAUAAGGAAGUUUUGGCGGUUCUCGCCCAUGAACUGGGACACUGGAAGCUUGGUCACAUUAGGAAGAACAUUGUCAUCAUGCAGGUGCAGAUGUUUUUGAUCUUCAUGGUCUUCUCGCAGCUGUUCAAAUAUUCUCCACUGUACCAAGCGGUUGGCUUUUCACCAAACGUUCAACCCAUUCUGAUCGGUUUCCUGGUGAUUGUCAUGUAUGUCCUCGCACCUUACAAUACGCUGAUUAACUUCGCCAUGACUAUUCUGUCGCGCCGUUUCGAGUACCAAGCGGAUGACUUUGCCAACGGGCUCGGAUACUCAAAGGAGUUGGGCAAAGCUCUGGUCAAGCUGCACAUUGACAAUCUUGGUUUCCCGGUGUACGAUUGGAUGUACUCGGCUUGGAAUCAUUCGCACCCGACUUUGCUACAACGGUUGGAGCGGCUCAAAAAUGGAGAGAAGAAGGAUAGAUGAAUUGAUUGAAGCAUCAGCAAUUAAUAGUAUGCACGCGUAUGUCGUCUAUCUAGUCUGCAUUCGAUUGUGGGUGGAGAAGAUUGUGUGAAAUGGUUAAACAAUUCAGAUGUCAUAAAAUUGCAAAUUUGCAUUUUGCCUAGCAGAGUCUGAGCAGCACUGUACUUUUAGCUUCUAGAUUUUUAGUUGGAACAAUAAAGCUUACAAACUUGAGAAUCCACAA